GACAUCCUCGAUGGAUAUCUUAGUUUCGACAUCAGACUAUAUGUUAACUGUCAAAGAAAAUUUAUGCAAGCUUCUAGGAUUUGAUCAUUUGGAACAUAACAUAAUUAUUAGGAAUUGUAUGCUAACUAUUGUACAUCGUAGCUACCCCUCAUGUCUUCCUCCCGUUUUUUCCGCCUCCUGCCCUCUCCACCCUCACUCCACUUCUCAUUGCACAAAAUAAAUUUCCAACAAAUUACAUGUAAAAAAUAUUUUAAUAUUAUAAAAACAUAUUUCAUCAUCAUACAUUUUUUUAUUACUUGUCAUCCUUUAUAAAGUUUUUGAUUUGCUUCAUGACAUUUCUAGUGUGGUUUCUCGUAUUUCUGUUCUGCUUCAUGAGAGCUCUAGUGUGGUUGCACAUAUUUUUUGUACGAUUCAGAGAACUUGAGGUCUAUUUAUGAGAUUUCUGAUAUAUUUCGUAGAAUUUGUAAUUUGCUUUAUAAGAUUUCUUAUUUGAUAUACAACUCAUGUAACUUGUGCUCAUUUGUUAAAUGAAAGAUACAUUCUUACAAACGAAACUAAAUUCGUACUUCAUUGGGAUCUCAUUAAACCUUCAAAGCAUUUCUUAACGGAAAUUAACAACACAACUUUCACGUUUCUUCAGAACUAUGGUUGAAACACUUGAUUGAAUAUAUUUAUUUGAGUUAUAUGGGAAAAAUUCUUUAAACUCUCAAAAUAUCCAUGAAUGUUAAUUAAGAUACAAUCCUUAAAUAUAUUUGAUUUCUUUGUUGUUUCCCUUUUAAAUGGACCUAAGUGUAUGAAACGGUUCGAAUCAAAAGAGAAACGAAGAGUAAAUAGAAGUAAGUUUCUUGACAGAAGAUACAUGCUCAUAAGUUGUAUUUUUUUGUACUACUUUUUACUUCUUUGUUCUAUUCUUGUUUCCUUUUAAGAGUAUGAGAGAGUAAGAAAAAGUGAAUAAGAAAAGUAUGUUUGCACCUUAUUUGUUUGUUAUUUCACCAGCUUAUCUAGGAACUACCCGUGAUGACUCAUGCAAACUGUCAGUUGGAAACCCUCAACAAAGUAAAUCAUGUCUUUAUCCCCAGGCUCUUCUCCUCAAGCAUAAUUGGGCAGGUUCUGCUGCAGAUGUCAGUCCUUACUGCUCCUCCCUAAAAUCCAUUCGAUGAAGUUGCCCCCCGUGUGUUUGAAGUCCACAAUCUGAUGCUUUCCCAUGAGGGCAACUGCCCUGACCGCAAAUUGGCCAAGGAACUUUUCGGUGGUGAAGUCCACCUCAUCGAUAAUCUCACCACGGUAAGUAAGGUUCCCACGGCCUGUGAAAAUAGCUCUGUUAUCUACCUUCUUGUCUAUAAUGAUCAACUUGAAGCCAAAUCUAGAGGCUGGAGAAGGCUCGAAGGGCUUGGAGUCAUAAUAGGGAGAUUCUUAGCCAAUUUGUAUAGCUGGAGAGAGAGGAUGUGUUAGCAAGGAGCCUUAGUCUAAUCCGUUGAAUUUUCUACCCUCGCGUACUAUUACAAGCAACACAGGUCAGAAAAACUAUCUACCUAAUCAGUUGAGUUCUUAAUAAUUAUCUAAGGUAUCGAGUCUUAGUCGAAUCUGUGGAUUUCUGUAGCCUAACGCACUAUCCCAAGCAACACAGUUCAGAAGUUCUAUCUACCUAAUCAGUUGAAUUCCUAAUAAUUACCCGAGGUAGCGAGAGAACUGGAGAUAACUCAGCAGAAAAAACUGAAGACAGUUGAGCAAGAGAGAGUUGCACAUAAAGAAAGAGAAAGUUAGUGAGAGAGCAAAGGUGUAGGAAGAGAGAGAGGGAUGUGUUAUUAAGGAUAGAAAAGAAGAACGGUUGCCGAUUAUGAAAAAGUGGGAUGAGUCCUAUUUUGUGUUAGCAAAAACUCAAGCAACAAUGUUAGUAGUCGAGUCUUAGGGGUGGUGUGUCUUUUAUUUGAGUCCUAGGACUAGGAGUCUUAGUUGUAUGUUUAUUUGCUUUUCUUUCAAUUAUUUCUCUUUUGCUUAGGGACAAGCAAAUGCUAAGUGUGGGGUUGUGAUAAGUUUCAUAAACAUACAUGUAUUUUGUGCAUAAAUGGUUUAUCUUUAUCUUUAUGUAAGUUUCAUGUAUUUUGUGUAAAAAUGUUUGUAUGUAAUGAUAAUCUAUAAUACUAAUACUUUCUAGCACAAAAAGUUGCAACAUGUAUAUACUACUAAUUAAAUUGAAGUGGAACAUCUAACCUUAUGCAAGAACUGCAAAAAGAUUUAAGAUUAAGUUGGAUGUUAUUGAUAGUAUAAAUUCACACUAGAUAAUUGGCCCGCGCUCCGCGACGGGUAACGAUGAAAUUGACAAAUUUGAUAUAUUGAUUGCAAUUAUAUUUAAAUUGACAAAUUUUUUAUUAGUUUUCUUAAAAUUAGAUACCACUUUGUAUUUGGGGAGGGCUUCAAGACUUUCUUAAAUUAAAGCAUAGGUUUACCAUAAAAAAAGACUUUCGUAAAUGAUUUAUCAUGCAUAUAAUUUGUUUGAUACACAGUUGGUAAUUGAAAUAAGUCAGGAUGAAUAGUUUUAUAUGUAUAGAAGGGAAACCCAAGAAAAUAUUAAAAACUUCAAAUAUUUUUAUGGUCUCUUAUAAUUUAAGUAUAGCAUAAUUAUCCAAGUUUUAAAUUUUAAAACAACAUUGGGCUAGUUUGACCAUGCUUUACCUUUUGCAAAACCAGCUUUUGGCUCGAACUUUUAAAAAUGCACUAAAAACACAGUUUAGUGUUUAGUUGAAAAACUAUAUGAAUUGUUUUUAAUUUAAGAGUCCAUGUAAAAUGGAUAAAAACGCAAAAAAAUGAAAAGUAGUCAAAAGU